AUGGCAAUUUAUAUACGCUUGCAUAUUCAUGCAACCCCACUGCUGAAACCCCACCACCAGCAACCUUCAUCCAGCCCACUGCUGACACCCCACCACCAACAACCUUCAUCCACCCCACUGCUGACACCCCACCACCAACAACCUUCAUCCAGCCCACUGCUGACACCCCACCACCAACAACCUUCAUCCACCUCACUGCUGACACCCCACCACCAGCAACCUUCAUCCACCCCACUGCUGACACCCCACCACCAACAACCUUCAUCCACCCCACUGCUGACACCCCACCACCAGCAACCUUCAUCCACCCCACUGCUGACACCCCACCACCAACAACCUUUAUCCACCCCACUGCUGACACCCCACCUACCAACAACCUUCAUCCAGCCCACUGCUGACACCCCACCACCAGCAACCUUCAUCAACCCCACUGCUGACACCCCACCACCAGCAACCUUUAUCCAGCCCACUGCUGACACCCCACCACCAACAACCUUUAUCCACCCCACUGCUGACACCCCACCACCACAACAACCUGACACCCUUGUUCACCCCAUCCAGCCCACUGCUGACACCCCACCACCAACAACCUUCAUCCACCCCACUGCUGACACCCCACCACCAACAACCUUCAUCCAGCCCACUGCUGACACCCCACCACCAACAACCUUCAUCCACCCCACUGCUGACACCCCACCACCAGCAACCUACUAA